ACGCAAGUUUCUAUCUCCACGCCUAAGCGAGAUACCCCAUAAAACGCAUGAAAAUGGGACACCCUGUAAGUUAAAAAUUAGACAAUCAGAAUCAAUCGACCAUCUUGGAUGGCAGACUAUUCCGACUUGCCAUAUUCAACCUUCAUACUCAUGAAUCUACGUCUAUGUAAGAAUAUCUUUAACUCUCUUAAGUUUAUGCUCUCUAGUCAACACCAUUUGCUCUUCUUCUUCAUCUUCUCAAUUGUCACACUCUCAUCUCACCAAGAAAAAAAAGGCACAAAAAGAACCCACAUGACUCCAGCUAGGCGGCAAACUCGCCGAACGCGCUUAUCCUCGCCCAAUAAACGUGGCUCGCCGCCUUCGGGCUCGCGUCAUUGGCGCGUACCGACCAUUUUAACCGCUACCAGGGCGUGGCGUGACAACAAUCUCGGAAACGGUUUUUAACAAGUUAAUCCCCGAAAAAGUUCCACUCAAAUGGUCCCAGCGGGAAUUCCGCGACGCACGAGGCUUUAGUUUUGGAUGGGCAAGCGGAACAAGAGAGAGAUCGAGCGAGUGAGGUGCGAGGUGCUAGAGAGUGUUCCGGGUGGUUUGAGGCGAUUUUAUCUGGACGUACGCGUCGAUACGCUCCGGAUGGUGGAAAAUUGGCGGUCGUUGGAGCGCUGUCGGUUGGAUACGGACUUGAUUUUUUAAGUGAUUUGUUUGAACUUUAAGUGAAAGUUAUUAGAGUUUCAUAUUUUGAUAAUUUUUUAGACUUGAAAAGUAACAAAAUGAUGGACAGCGAAGCUCAAGUUCAACAAUAUGGGGAAGUAAAUCAACUAGGGGGAGUUUUCGUCAAUGGUAGGCCUCUUCCCAACGCAGUCAGAUUGAGAAUCGUUGAGCUUUCCCAAGUGGGAAUCCGCCCUUGUGAUAUUUCCAGGCAGCUUCGGGUGUCGCAUGGGUGUGUUUCUAAAAUAUUAGCAAGAUACCACGAGACUGGGUCCAUCCUUCCUGGUGCAAUUGGAGGAUCCAAACCGCGCGUAACAACCCCUAAAGUCGUGGCCUAUAUCAAAAAUCUUAAACAAAAAGAUCCAGGAAUAUUCGCUUGGGAAAUUCGCGAUCGACUUCUGUCCGAUGGUAUCUGUGACAAGUACAACGUGCCCUCCGUAAGCUCUAUAAGUAGAAUUCUUCGCAACAAAAUUGGAUCUUUAGUGCACUCUAACCAUCAUGGUCACUCCAUCUAUAAUAUUUAUCCAAGCUACACCUAUCAGCAGCAAAAGGCACCCCCAAGUCCGCACCAAAAGUAUGCUAAUACACCAUGCUGGCCAAGUUCACAUUCCGUACAAGAUAUAUUGGCAGGAGUGCAUGCGGCUACCUUCAGGCCUACACAUGGAGGUGGAGGUGCCGCCCUACCACCAGGCCCUUCACCUCCAGUACCCGAUCAUACACAAAAUUAUAAUUAUUAUAUGUAUUUACAAGGGGGCAAUACAGCGAUGCAUAUGGUGAAUUCUGGGAUGCCACCACAUCCACUGGGAGGUCCUCAUAUUUGAUUAUAAGGGAGAAUUAUUUGGGGGGGAAGGAAUAUGGUGCUGUUAGUUCAUGUACAUAUAGAUAUUAAUAUUCAAACAUUAUGGAUAGGUAGGUAUUUAUAUGGAAAUUUAUAAUUUUGAUUACCUAUGCUUGGAUCUUAAGAUGUGAAGGGCCUUCUUGUAUGUCAGUAUUAGCCAUAAGUUUGUGUUUUUAUACUUUUUGGUAGAAAUACUUAAAUGAUAAAGUUUAGAGGAUUGUUUAACAAUAUUCAAAUAUAUGUUUUUUUUAAUAUAUAUGUUACUAAAUAAAUGUAUUAUAUUUGAAAGUAAGUCAAGUUUUUAAAAAAUUUCGUAUAGUUUUUACUCACUUAGUUAUGGCCAAUAUUGUAUGAUAAUUUGUAACAUCGGAAGCUUUACUUAUGAUUUUGUAAAUAAUAAAUUAUUAAAUUUAUUUAUUUGUU